AUGGCGACAACGGCCCGAUACCAACCACUCUAUAACGAGGAUGCUCCAGUCCGACCCGCCAUUGUCGCUGGCAUCGUUUCGACCUGGAUUGCCACGUUCUUGGCAGCGGCAGAUAGCACCGUCACGUCAACCCUUUCCGCUACGAUAGCCAGCGAAUUCGACUCGUUAGCCAUCAUAUCAUGGCUGGGCUCGGGAUAUCUGAUCGGCCUCACAGCCAUACAGCCGCUCAGCGGGAAAUUGAGCGAUAUAUUCGGUCGGCGGGCUAGCUUUUGCUGCGCCUCUUGGAUGUUCACGAUCGGAAACCUGGUUUGUGGACUCUCCUGCUCGAAGGGUGUCCUUAUUGCCGCCCGCGUUGUCACUGGAAUCGGUGGUGGCGGGUGUAUCUCAAUUGCUACGUUCAUCGCAUCCGAUAAUAUCCCUCUCAAACGACGUGGCAUCUGGCAGGGAACCGGGGCCGUGGUGUACACAGCGGGAAUGGGACUCGGGGCCGUGAUUGGAGGCGCUGUCAACGAUGCGGUCGGCUGGCGAUGGGCGUUUAUUGGCAUUGCGCCGAUCUCGCUUGUUGCAGGGCUUGGAGUCAUGAUGUUUGUACCUGGUCACACCGACAAGCAAAGCACGCGGGAGUUAUUGGGUCGCGUUGAUUUUGCCGGUGCGUUGACUUUGGUCUCUUCCUUGCGGACGGUGGUUGCCGCAUGCCUGACUGCUUGGUUUGUGUCCAUGGCCUUCUAUGCACUCACCUUUUAUGUCCCACUGUACAUGAAGAUGUUGGGCCAUUCCUCCAGUGAAAUUGGACUUCGUCUUUUGCCAGACUCUAUUGGCGCGGGGCUCGGGUCUUUCCUGGUCGGUCUAGUCAUCCGAGUGUCCGGCAAAUACGGAGUCUUUCGGUAUACUAUGACCAUAUUGUUGGUGCUAGCGUCAGUGGGGUUUGUCUUCAGCUCUGUUCACACGCCGUGGAUUCUUCCAGAGCUAUAUCUGCUAUGCAAAGGAUUUGGUAUGGGCGGGGUGCUGACGAUGUUAAUAUUGGCUCUAUUGCAUUCGGUGCCCCACAAAAGACACGCUACUGCCACGUCUGCAUUGUACGCCUUUCGGUCAACUGGUGCGACUGUGGGACUCUCAGCAGCUAGUGCAGUGUUCUACCACCGAAUGUAUCAGAGCUCGUUGGAGAAAGGGUCUAGCUGCAAGGAGGGAGAUCAAUGCUAUUUGGAUGCUCUGCAUGGAGCUUUCCAAUUGGCAUUGGUAUUCGCAGCGGCGGGAGUGGUGUCUGCGUUAUUCGUCGCAACCCAUGAAUCUAGCGGGCGGGAAGAGGACGGAAAAGAAGGGGAAGAGACUCGGUGA